AUGGCUGUAUCUCUUCUUUUGACUCCCAUUUGUGGAGUAAGGGAGGUGAGUGGGAAAUGGCUCUGCUGAUGGUGGGCAGCUGCAACGAUCUUCCUCUUGAUGCCCUGUAUGGAGACCAAGGAAAGCCAGAAUUCCAGAAUCACAGAGUUGGAAGGGUCCUCAGUGGUCACCUAGUCCAGCCUGUUAUCUAACCACGAAUCUGCUUAACCCCCACCCCCACCCACGUAGUGGUCAUUCUGUCUCUUCCUGAAAAUGUGCAGAGUGGAGGAGACUCAUACCACAUCCUGCAGGAGCCUACUCCACUAAUUGUUGGAUUGGAUUAUUGGAUUGUCAUAUUAGAUUGGAUUAGUCCUCAUACUAUUUCAAGCUGAAAUCUUCUCCUUGGAAACUUCCUCUUAUGGUUCCCAGUUCUGCCUUCUGGGAAAAACUAGAAUAAGUCUGAUACUUCCACCACAAGAUGGUCCCUCAAAUAUGUGAACACAGCCACAGAAGUCUUCUCUUCUCAAGGCUGAACAUUCCUGGCUGCUUCAACAGAUCCUUGUAUGGCCUCGUCUUUCAUCAUUUCACCGUCUUGGCUUCCCUCCUUUGGACACACGCCAUUUUGGCAAUGGCUUACGCCUCAAUCAAAAGCCAACGUUCCAGAUGUUGUCAGACCAGUGUGGAGGACAGAGGGACUUCUACAUUCUGGCCACCCAUCUCUGUCUAUUGAAAUUAUUCUCUAUGGGGUGUCAAGCAUUGCUGGAAAUGAAUCCCGAUGAGACAAUACAGCUUUCAUUGAAGGAUGGCGUCAAGAACGGUCCUGCUGGAGCUGCUAAAGAUGCGACAGAAGAAUCAAUAACAGAUGAUGACAAGAGAAGGAACUAUGGAGGGGUCUAUGUUGGCCUGCCGUCAGAUGCUGUCACAAUGGUGUCCAGUCAAACAAAGAGUGCACGAAAAGAUUAGAAGAAAAUUAUAUCCUGAUGUAAUAAACAAGAGCUUGCUCAUCAACAUUUGGGAAGAACUUAGUUCCACAGGAGACUUUCAUGUGUUGCAGACACUUUUGAGAAGGUUCUGGACACCCCAGAUCCCAAGUGUUGUCAGGCAAAGUUACAGGCAAAUCUUGAACGCUACCGAGGGAGAAGGAAAUCACUUGGACACUGUGCUCAAAGUAUGGAACCGCACUGUGGUCAUCUUGUAAUAAUCAAGCUCAUCAACUGUCCUGGGGCCUGCCACUUUAGACAGAAAUCUGCCCUGAGACCAGUAGGUAGUGUGCUCCUCCUCACUGGGGCCGGAUGGGAAAUCUCAUGAAUUAUACAGUUCACCAAUACGUUUUUGGAUGGCUUUUAUAUGAUAAAAAUCUUCAUUCUAUUUAUAAUGUCUAAUAAUGAGACACUGUAAGGGAAUUAAUGAAAAACCAUAUAUUUGACAUCUGUAAUCUUUUAGUACUCUCUGCACAAAUUGAAUCCAUUUUGUUUUUGGUUGUUAAAAUCUUAAAUUGAUCAAGUAGGCAUAAAGCUAUGAAGUUCUCACAGCUAUUUCUUUCCCUUUUAUACUACUGGUUUUCAGCUUUAUUAAAGCAUUCAGCUGCUCAAAGGAACUUUCUUUUUUAAGAAGGAUGUAUUUCAUUGCAACAUUUUUUUAAAAACAAAAUACUGGUUUUAUAUGUCCUGUAAAAUUUUGGUUCACCUUCUCUUUUCUUUGUAUAAAGGCUCAUGUAACUAGUGUCAUUGGUGUCUUCUCUCCCAUCCCACCUCCAAUAUGACCUUCCCAGAAAAGGUCACCAUGAUAUUAUUUAAUUAUUCAAAAUCAGUAAGGAUCAUUAUGGUGAAUGGCUAACGGGCUAUUUGGAAAAUACUUUAUUUGCUAAUAACUGUAAGUUUCUCUACUUAAUACUAUGCUGUAAUUUGCUAUGCUAUUUACCAGUGUAAUUAGACAAUUAAAACAUUUAUAUUCCUCUUUA